AUGCAAAACUUACCUCAACUCCAUUCCAAGUUCUACUUGUGUAUCCCAACUCCAAAUAUCUUCUUGUUGGCCAAUGUUAUUGGGAAUACGGAGAUAUCACAAGAAAAUCUUCUGCGAAGAUUCGCAGCAUACCCAAUCGUGGCGGCAUACAACCAGCCUUAUCUUGCGCCAGGAUUCGAUCUGGAAUAUCAAUAUCUUCAAUCGAACCCCUCACCAAUAUAUUCGGGAUCUACCAGUACCACAUCGGACUUGUCUAUCAUUGGCGAUCAACGAUACGCUCCCCCAACUUACCCUAUCUGCGACAACAGUCCUAGACCUACAAAACGUCAAAAGAUUAAUGGAAAGCCUAAGCAGAUUAAAGUUCGAGCGAAGAUAGAUAAUCAGAUGCCCGGAAAUGAUGGGUCUUCCGCAACUGCUGCGGAGGCUUCAACGACCGCUGCAAAUAAACCAAAACGAGUGCGAACGGGAUGUUUGACAUGCAGAGAAAGACACUUGAAAUGUGAUGAGGGUUUGCCAAAUUGUCUGAAUUGCCGGAAAUCUAGUAGGGAAUGCAAAAGAGGGGUGCGAUUAAAUUUUAUCGAUACCCAGAUCAAAUCACCACCAAUGAUCCCUCCUACAGCAGAUUGGUCAGUUCAAUUCCAAGAUGAAUCCCGCGAAAUCGCUUCAGAAUACAAGGGCGGCUUGAGUCGAUAUGCGCACAUCGAACAAACGGUUACGCCCCCUCGAGACCUGCCCACCGAAUAUCCUAUGCGAUCUGUGGUUGUUGAUCAUAUGAUGCCAGGGAAUGCCCUUCCGCCAAUACAGACUGCUGGUACUUUUAUGGAAAAUAAUCUUGGGGUUAAGCAAGAGAUGGCACAUUCUUCACAUUCUAGGCACACAAGUAGACAUUUAUCUCACGCUGGUAGUGAGAGUUCUGGUUAUUUGACUGCGCCGACUGCAUACACUGCGUCGGAACAAAUUAUCACGCCACCCAACGAAAGGCGGGAUUAUCUUACUACGCCCGAAGAAGUUCUGUAUAUGCAAGUUUUCGUUGAGGAAGUUGGAUUAUGGAUGGAUAGUAUGGACCCGAUGAAACACUUCUCCAGGAUAUUACCGUUCCAUUCUCUAGGAGAACCCAUGCUUCUCAAUGCUUUCCUAGCAUGUGGAGCUCGACAUUUGACUCUUGUCAAUCCUGUUUACCAGGAGGACAAGGCAUUAUAUUAUUAUGAUACAGCUACUACUCAAUUGUUGCGAUCGUUACAGAAUCCCGAUCGAGAUACUGUCAUCUGUGCGACUACAGCUGUCAUUCUUAACGUUUAUGAGAUCAUGUCCGAAAGAGCGAUGCAACGUAUGAACCACAUUGCCGGAGCACGAGCUUUGAUUAAGGAAUGUGGAUGGAAUGCACGAAGUACUGGUGUAGGGGCCGCAUGCUUUUGGCUUAAUGUUGGUAUGGAGUUGCUCAGUUGUCUGCAUUUUAAUUGGCAAGUAGCCUGGGAACCGGAUCAAUGGGGAGUUGAUAUGGACUUUUCACGGGAAUUGGAAGCUGGACGAGAGGAAGUCUGGGUUCAUCGAAUGCUAUACAUUGUUGGUAAAAUCGCAAACUUCCGGGCGUCAAUUCCACGGUUUCAGGAGGCAUCACCACACGACGAACAAAUUCGAAUGCAAUCUAGGUAUGCGGAGUGGCAAAAAUUAAAGAAUCUUUGUGAUAGCUGGAAUACUAGCAUACCUCGGACCAUGCACCCGAUGGCUUAUUUGUAUCCGUCACAAACCACUUCAAGCUCCGCCUUCCCAGAAGUCUGGCUUCUUAAACGUGCCACAAUCGUUGGUAGAUUGUUCUACCACACAGCGAUGUGCCUUCUCCCUCAAAUCAAUCCGCUGUUGAGCCCAGAAAAUGCGGAAAUGCAUGAUAUGCAGCAAGACCAUUCUCGUUCCAUAUGUGGCAUUGUAGCACACGUUAAGGACAGGGGAGUAGCUAGUGUCGCGCUUCGCUCUCUAGCUAUCGCUGCCGAAUGUUUAGUCGUUCGUCGCGAACAAGAAGAAGUACUCACCAUAUUCGAAAAAAUUCGAAAAGAGACGGGAUGGAGAGUUGGAUUCUUACACAAAGAACUCAAAACGAAGUGGGGUUGGCCAGAUGAAACAACACAACAGCAACCGAUAAUGCCACAAGCGAAUUCUUUAUCACAGUUUUUCCCUUCUAAUACGCCAGCACCAACGUCAAAUGUACCACCUGCACCAGCAAGACCGUCCAUUCCAAGCGGUAUCUUGAAUCCUCUUCUAAAAACUGCGGACUUCUCCUUACCGAAUCAUCCAUACCAACAACAUUAUCAACCACCAAACACAACAAAUCAAUUUACUCAUACAUAUCUAUAA